CCUACCAGAUAAAUUUUCUAUUAAAAAAAAACAUUAUUUUUCUCUGCUAAAUAUUCAUUUCAUCUAUUUCGCAAGAUUGCUAAAUUUUAUUAGAUCUUUCAAGAAAUGUCUGUAAAUAACGGUAACUACGGCGCCGGAAAACUCUUCCUCCUCCUCCUCAACUGCGCUCUGCUAGGGAUCGGCAACUGCGGCGGCCCCUUAACCAUGCGCCUCUACUUCCUCCGCGGCGGCAACCGAAUAUGGUUCUCCAGCUGGAUCAACACCGGCGGCUGGCCGCUCACCUUCCUCCCACUCGCCGCCGCUUACUUCCACCGCCGCCGCCGCCAAGGCCCCGCCGCCAAACCCGUCCUCAUGACCCGCAACCUAUUCGCCGCGGCGGCCGCCAUCGGCGUCAUCAACGGCCUGGACUCCUUCCUCUACGCCUACGGCAUGUCGAAGCUCCCCGUCACCACCCAGUCCCUCAUCUACGCCACCGAGCUGGCCUUCACCGCCGCCUUCGCUUUCCUCCUCGUCCGGCAGCGCUUCACCGCCUUCACCCUCGCCGCCAUCGCCCUGCUCACCGUCGGCGCCGGGAUUCUCGCCCACGGUGCCAGCGGCGACCGGCCCGCCGGAGAGGCGAGCAGAGAGUACGUUAUUGGGUUUGUGGUGACGGUUUUAGCGGCGGCGCUUUAUGGGUUUAUACUGCCGGUGAUAGAGCUGACGUACGUGAAGGCGAGGCAGGCGAUAACGUAUGGUUUGGUUCUGGAGAUUCAGGUGGUGAUGUGUUUCUUCUCCACCGCGUUUUGUACGGCCGGGAUGCUAGUCAACAAGGAUUUCCAGGCGAUCCCGAAGGAGGCAAGAGAGUUUGAACUGGGUGAAGAUAAGUACUAUAUUGUGGUAGCAUGCAGCGCCGUGGUUUGGCAAUUCUUCUUCAUCGGCUCCGUCGGGGUCAUCUGCUACGGCUCCUCGUUGUGGUCGGGCGUUAUAAUCACCGCCACCCUUUCCGUCACCGAGGUAUUCGCCGUCGUCUUCUACGGCGAGAAGUUCCGAAUCCAAAAGGCCAUUUCUCUUGCCCUUUCCCUUUUGGGAUUUGUUUCCUACUUCUAUGGCGAAAUCAAAAGUAGCAGCAAGAAAGAGGAGCUACUUCAAAUUCCGGAAAAUAAUAUAUGAGAUUUAGAAAAAUAUUAAAAGUAUACAUCCAUUACAGAGUUUGUUGUGGCAAAGGGGACUGAAAACGGUGAUUGACGUUUUUGUCCUUUUAAAUA